AUGUAUUAUUAUUAUUGUAAUGAUAAGUGUAUUACAAUAAAUAAAAUUUAUACACUAUAUGUACUUUUUAAAGUUAUAUACUUUAGUUAAAUCUCUUGUUUAACAAAUUUUGUGUAAGUUAUUUACUUAUUGAUGACAAUUAGCUAUUUUUUAAAUGCAAAAACAAUGAGAAAACGAGAAACAAAACAAUAUUUAAUUGAAAUGAGCCGUAAAUUGGAGACAAUUGUCACAAAUCGAGAGAAAGAUUUGUCUAUACAAGUGAUUGAUAUUUUGAAUGUCUUAAAAUCAUUAGAAGUGGACCCGCUUUUGAUAAGAAAUGCUAAAAUAAUUUUGACGGUUAAUAAUCUGAGAAAAACAUUGACUGAUGAAGAUGUGGUAAAAUUGUCAAAAAAUUUGUUAAUGAAGUGGAAAAAGUCGGUUAUCGCUGAAAACCAUAUACUCAGAAAUCUUAUGAAUCACUCAAAUAUUAGAAAUGAAACUCAAUUGCGAAUGAAAUUUAAGGAUAAGUUGGAAGAUAUUCUCAAAAGUGGAACCACUGAUGAAAAUCGAUUAAAAAGUCGUGAUAUGCUAUUUAAAGCUCUGACGAGUGAUGAAGAGAUUAAAGAAGAUCUUCUUAAAGUUGUCAAACUUGCAGCCGAUAUUGAAAAAUGCAUUUACAGAGAGUUUAAUAAUACGGACACUAAAUAUAAAAUACGAAUCAGAAGUCGUAUCUCUAAUAUAAGUGAUGAACAAAACGGUGAACUCAGACGCAAAAUAUUAAACGGAAUCAUUAAAGUGGAGGAAAUAUCGACAAUGAGUGCGGAAGACAUGGCUAACGAUAAGAUGAAACAAUUGAGACAACAAUUGCAAAAGGACUCAAUUACAGCCAGUAUUUUGCCCGAAGUGUUUGGCACUACAAGUGAUUUAUUGAAAUGUCCGGAAUGUAAGAAAAACAACUGUACCUACAAUCAGGUGCAGAUCGAUAGGGCCGACGAACCCAUGACUACAUUAUGUCUCUGUAUUUCUUGUGGACACCGAUGGAGAUUUAAUUGAUCCAAAUAUAGUUUCAAAAUUAAUGGUAAAACAUAAUACCUGUAAUUACGGUAUUUAUCAACAAUAUAAUUAUAAUAUUAUAAAUCAUUGUAAAUACUUUA